AUGAAAUCCACACAACUCAUCUUCCUCCUUUCCACUCUCACUGCUUUCACAACCGCCGAGUUCUGCCAAUGGACAAUGCAAAGAGUUUCAGACGAUGACCCUAAGCCAGGAGCUUACAAGAACGCUGGCAAGGUUCUACUCAACAGAGACUGCGAGCUCGGGGACAAUAAACACAGCGUCGCUCCAUUGGAUCUAAACUCGUGCAUUGAGAACAAGGGUGGUAAAUUUGUUGCAGUGAACAAUGGAAACGCCUUCUCGUCGUGUGACGUGUAUACUUGUUCAUUUGGCGAUAAAGACUCGAUCGAAUGCGGUGAUUGUGGCCAGGCAAAUGGCAAGAUCUCAAUUCCAAUUGAUGAGGUUGCAAAGGCUGUUGGCAAGAAUGGGGAGAAUGCGGCGUGCUUUACUCAUACCGUUACUGCAACGACGUCAACCUAUAGCAUGAUUCCAACUGGCUCUCAUUAA